AUGGGAAAAAAGCCUCACAUCACUCUGACAAACUUUGCUCGGUCGUAUGGCCCUCUCAUGUCGCUGAGACUAGGAACUCAAAUCAUGAUCAUCGGAUCAUCCACAACUGCAGCAGAGGAAAUUCUCAAGACCCAUGAUCGGAACUUAUCUGCUCGAUAUGUUCCUAGUGCAGUACCAGCUAAAAGCUCAAAAUUCAAUCACUUAUUACUUGAAUGGGCACUGGAGUGCAGUGAUAGAUGGAAAAAUUUAAGAACAAUAUGCAGAAGUGAGAUGUUCUCGGCCAAGGCAAUGGAGUGUCUAGCAUUUUUGAGAGAGAGAAAGGCAAUGGACAUGGUAAAGUUUGUGUUUGCAAAGGAAGGAAAGGAAGUGAAAGUUGGAGAAUUGGUUAUUGCCACUGUGUUUUACAUGUUGAGUAAUGCUUUGAUAUCAAGAGAUUUAAUUAGCUUGGAGAAAGAGGGUGUGGAUGGAGGGAUGAAGGGGGCAUUAGAUCUUCAGGGAUUGAACAAGAAGGCAAUGGAAGCGUUUACGAGGAUCUGUGCUAUGUGGGAGCCCAUUAUCGAAGACAGAAGAGAAGGAAGAAGAGGCAAUCCUUUAAGCCAAAAGGACUUCUUGGACGCCCUCUUCGACAAUUCUUGUAGCAAUGAUCAAAUCAACCAUCUGCUCCUGGUAAUUGUGUCCUAUGUGGGAAACGAUAUCCUAAUAUGUUGUUCUUUCCUUUUCAAUGAUCAACAAUACUUUCCUCUUCUGAAUAACCUCUAA